CACGUGGCCUCGGCCGCGGAGCGCCUGGAGGCCUCCGUCGCUUAGCAACGCACCAGCGUCACAGCGACCGCCCAGGCAAGCGGCGUCCUAAGGGGGCUGGGUCCUCGGCGCCUUUUCUCAGGCCAUUGGAGCCCAUGGAGGGGAAAGAGGAUAAGCUGCAGCAACAGCAAGAAGUAGAAGAUGCUGAUAUAAUGUGUGUAACUGACAAACAACAAGAAGAAAUCAAACAUGAAGAUAUUAUACAACACUCAAAACCAUGUGUGAGGAGAGGACGUGUAUGUUAUGCUAAGUUUAUUAACACAAAUGUAAGAACACUCAAUGAACCAGUUCCUUACAUAGAGUUCACCAUGGCACCAGAAAAGCAGUGUAAGUGGUGGUCCCAGAGUAAAGAACCAGAACAGCCCUGGAAACCAUCUUACGACACCAAGAGCACCCAGAGGAGCGACUUUCAAAAACCAGCAUGCCCAUUGGUUUUGCCAGUCAAGCACAGCAAGCUACAAAAGCCUUCUUGUGGGAUAGUUCCACUUGCCUCUCCUGAUGAAUCAUCCGAACAUCAAAAAGUCUUUGUGGAACGCAUCUCUUUUAUACAUCAAUAUGAUGCCAGAAAAACACCCAAUGAGCCCAUCUGGGUAAAGAGACAUGGAGCUUUUGUACAGACAGAGAUAAAACCAGGGAGGAGGCCAACUGUUCCUCAGGGAAAAGAGGUAUUGCUGAAUGCUUCAGGGUCACGCUCACCAGAAGAGUCCAAAAAAACAGAGAAAGGAAACUUAGAGGAAAGCAAAAUGAUCUCACCACCCGGCCAGCAAGAUUCCCAAGAGCUGUUGGAGACUAAAGGUCACUUAUCAGAAACAGACAUCAGGGAGGCCCCUCUGAAAAGCCCCAGAAGUCCUGAGUCUGUGGAGGGCUUUCAGGCAACUGCAGGAGACACUGUCCUCACCAAGCACACUCCUACAACUCCACCAGCGAAAACUCAAGACAAGUCAGGAUAAAUGAGCUUCUUUGGACAGAAACAGUCCCAGACAUGCUGAGCAAGAUCACAAUCCUCAACAGGCCCUCACAUUUGCUUUCUUUGCUCUCAAUAACCUCGGGUCAAAGCAUGUUCAGAAAUGGGAAAAUAAAUACAAAACUACCAGAAUUUAAAAA